AAAGUGAAUUAACACACAUGUAAAAUAUGUAUUGUUUUUAUUUGCUUUUGUUUGCCAUAUCAGUGGAGGGGGGCAGUUUUAUAUAUAAAGUGCUGAAAGGGACUGGUGAUUUAAAAAAAACAAAAAACAUUAUGUUUAUAUAUUUUAUUUUAAACAUAUUUUAAUACAUGUAUUUGUUUUACUUGGGGUUUGCACUAUAUGUGUUAAUAUGUAUCUAUCUAAAUAUCUAUCUAUCUAUCUAUCUAUCUAUCUAUCUAUCUAUGUGACAGUCUUGUUGUCUGUCUGGUGGAAGCGUGAAGCAGCAUCAUCACCCUCAAAGUGAACUGCAGAUAACCCCAUGACGUGGCAGACACAGUAUGGAAAGCCUAUAUAAUAUUCACGGUGCCCGCAUGUAUCUGGUGGUGGUCUGAGCCGCUUGGUAAAGCUUUGCAGGCUAUCUGACUUCAGUCUAGAUGAAGGAUGAGCUUCUCAGACAUAGACGUUGUCCAUCCUGCUGAUGCUCCCUCGUCUCGUCGUAAACUCUUGUGCACCCUCUGGUGCUUGCUAGUCUCCCAAACUUCUUUGUGUAGCCUGCUUUGCAGAUUGUCUUCCUUGUCUGUGUGGUUGCUCAUUAUUCAGAGACAGACGGAUCUCAGGUCAUCUGCAGCUGCAGCAAAGGAGAAGCAGGAAAGAUGGCGAUCAUCCAUUAGACCGACCGGGCGCACGCAUGAAAUACGAGGACAACUUUUGGGAGGAUCGCUUGAGGAGAAGAUUGUACCAGUUUCCCUGAUUUUCCAGGGAGUGCUCCCCCAUUUCAAUGAUGGAGGUAUUGCAGUGUGAUGGCUGUGACUUCCGUGCCGAGUCAUAUGAUGAUUUGAAGACCCACAUUCAGGAAGUACACACUGUUUUCCUGCAGCCUGCAGAUGCAGAUGAGUCUGACUCGUUGAAAGGCGAGGAUGAAGAUGAAGAGGAAGAGGAGGAAUGUGAGGAUAAGGAUGACAAGGAUUAUACGCCUCCUAAAGCUGGAAUGAGCCCCAACUCUACUGACGGUUCCAAUCAAACGUCACAGAAGCAGACAGCUGAAACCCAUCUGCCAUUUUACCAGUGCAAGUUCUGUGUCCGUUACUUUAGAUCGAAGUCAUUCUUGAGAAAUCACACCAAAAAGGUGCAUAACGUUGUAGAGGAAGAUUCAGUGGAACGUAUCUCCUCACAGACAGCAAAGCAGCCCAGCUAUACAGUUAUAAUGCAUAAUGACCAUUCAAAGGUGUAUUCCUGUCAGUAUUGCACAUACCGGUCUCCACGAAAAGCAAGGAUAAUAAAACACCAAAUCAUGUAUCAUAACAAAGUUCGCUCAGAAGGUGCUGGAGAUGCUUCAGAAUAUGCUGAGACCGGAGAGGAAUCUGCCUCGGCCAGUGGACUCAUGAAGGGAAUGUUCGCCUGUGAAUGGUGUGACUAUCAGACUGACCAGAAGGACAACUGGACUAAUCAUGUGGUGAAGGAACACAGUGACAAAGUCAAGAUAGUUUCUUCCAUUGAGGAGCUGGAAGGGGAGGCCAGUGCAAGCUCGCCCAAACCAGAUUCUCCCUCCUCUUCCCAAAGCCCGAUUAUAUCAAAGAAAAGCUUCACGGAUGAUUGUGGAAAUGAGGAGUCAGGUGGAAAAACACCAGAAAACACGUUGGAGAAAUCAGUUGCAGAGAUCUCAUCUUUUCAAUACGCACAGAUUAGUGAGGUUACACCCAACAGCACAGGUACCUCCAUUGUGUCCAAGAGGUUUGUUUCAUCCGAUGUCUCCAACAGUGGUAUAGAGAUGGAUGCAAACUUACUCAAUGAAGAAGACUCUAGGAGCAGCUUGGAAGAUGAUGAUGAAGAAGAGUUGGGUGAUAUAGAUGAUCCCAGCUAUACUGGAACCCUGUCAGCAGAUGCAAAGCAGCUUUUGACUGAUGAGGAUAAUAAAUUACUGGAGACUAAAGGAAUACCAUUCAGGAAGUACAUGAACCGCUUUCAGUGCCCGUUUUGCUCCUUCCUCACCAUGCACAGGCGAAGCAUCUCCCGCCACAUUGAAAACAUUCACCUUUCUGGUAAAACCACAGUGUAUAAAUGUGAUGAAUGCCCAUUUAUUUGCACCAGCCCUCUUAAACUAGGCACACACAAACAGAGUCACAGUUCCUCAGAUUUGGAGACCAUGGACCUGACAAGUGAUAGUCCAGAACCUCAGAAUGACAAUGCUGCAGAGCCAGUUAAUGGGGGUAAUGUAAGUUCCAAAGUCAAUGGAAAAAAGACAACCAGCACAUUGAACGACCAGCAGAACCCUCAUCGCUGCACACUCUGUAGCUUCUCUACCACCACUCUGAAAGGUCUGAGGGUUCACCAGCAGCACAAGCAUUCCUACUGUGAUGACCUAGAUCCCACUGUCUUUGAAAGUCAGCUGACAGACCAGCUGGAAGCUGAAGCGGAUGCUUCUCCGAUCUUUCUACAAAAAACCCAGACUUCCAUUUUAGGACUUGCCACCAAAAAGCCCUUAGUAACAGGGAAAAGAGCCAGGAAGUCCAUUAAUGACUUGCCUUUGGAUUUGUCCUCAGUCAAGAAGAGAACCAGAAUUGAUGAAAUUGCCAGUAACCUUCAAAGUAAGAUUAGCCAAAGCCAACAGGACAUGAUCAUAAAUCUGGAUGACAUGGAUGAUGAAGAUGCAGGAGAAAAUCAUGCCAGUGCUGAUAAAGUGAGCAGAAACCAUGACAGCAAAAGCCCCGUCUUUGCUUACAACACACAGCAGCUUCAUGCAAGAGAAUCAACAAUCUCUCACGAGGGAGGCAGAAUAGGGAAAAGGAAAAGCAACCCCAAAUCAAAACCUAGAAACAUUCCCAUAUCACUGACUCUUUCAGAUGAUAGUGAAAACAUCUCUGCUGACCCAAGUGACAGUAGGGAAGCUAUCCAAGAGAACAGUGAAUAUUCAGAAGAACCUGGAACUACACGUUUCUACUGUAAACACUGUGAUUACCACAACAAGUCGGCUCGUAGCGUCAGCACCCACUACCAGAGGAUGCACCCUUACAUCAAGUUCAGCUUUAAGUACAUCCUGGACCCGGAGGACCAGAGUGCAGUCUUUCGUUGUUUGGAGUGCUACAUUGAAUACACAAAUUACAACGAUCUACACCAACACUACAUGGAUCACCACCCUGAAGCAAGCAAUGUGCUCAACUUCAACCAACCAAAUCUGGUAUACAUGUGCCGCUUUUGUUCGUACACAAGCCCCAAUGUCAGAAGUCUAAUGCCCCAUUACCAAAGAAUGCAUCCAACAGUAAAAAUUAACAAUGCUAUGAUCUUCUCCAGCUACGUAGUGGAGCAGUCCCACAAGACCGGUGAAUCGCAAACUCUGAGGGAAAUAUUAAACUCUGGCCCCAAAAGUUUUAACGCCGCAUCAACUCCGAGGUCCUCCUCAAGCCCAGGACCGAAAACAGUCUCCAAGACCCCUGAAGCCAGCGCUGAGACAGACUCCCUCAAAGAAGCAAUGGGUGCCAAUGUUGUUGUGUACGAUUGUGAUGUUUGUUCUUUUGCAAGCCCGAACAUGCACUCUGUUUUGGUCCACUACCAGAAGAAACACCCAGAGCAAAAGGCAUCUUAUUUCCGUAUUCAAAAGACCAUGAAGGUUAUCUCAGUGGAUCAGUCACAGCCUGUUGCCAACUCUUCAUUUAACCUCAACAUGGCUACGCCUCCAAAACAAUCAAGUGCAGCACUGUAUGGAUCAGAUGAAGAAAUGUACUACUGUAAACACUGUGUGUACAGCAACAGGUCUGUUGUUGGUGUGUUGGUCCAUUACCAAAAGAGACACCCAGAGGUAAAAGUGACAGCAAAAUAUAUUAAACAUGGUGCCCCCACCCCAGGUUUGAUGAAGUUAAUGGAUGAAUUGCAAAUUGCAGCUCCCAAACAGUUUCUGAAGCAAUUUCAAAAUAAUGGUCACGAUGGUUCUAACAACUCAAGCCCUAAACCAGGAAAUGGCGAGAAAGGCGAGGACGAGCUGUUCUUUUGUCAGCACUGUGAUUAUGGAAACCGCACUGUAAAAGGGGUGCUUAUUCAUUACCAGAAAAAGCAUAGAGAAACCAAGGCCAAUGCUGACCUUGUACGUCGUCACACUGCAGUUGUCCGGAGUCAACGUGAGCGUGCACAGAUGGUUCAGUCGAGUAGUGUCUCUUCUGCAAUGGUGCCAGCCCCUACAGACUCUGAAAAUGCUACUCCCCUGCGUUCCCUGAAGUGCAGGCACUGUUCCUACACAUCACCCUAUGUCUAUGCUCUGAAGAAGCAUCUGAAGAAAGAGCACCCCACUGUGAAAGCCACAGCCAUGACCAUUUUACACUGGGCUUAUGAAGAUGGCAUUCUGGAGGCUGGCUACCACUGUGAGUGGUGCAUUUACUCCCAUGCUGAACCCCAAGGCCUGCUGCUCCAUUACCAAAGACGCCAUCCUGAGCACAAUGUCGAUUACACGUACAUGGCCAGCAAGCUAUGGGCUGGGCCAGAGACCACCCAACAAGGGGGCAACCUGGAAACUAAACAUUACAAAUGCAGAGACUGUGCUUUUGAGGCCUGUACAAUAUGGGACAUCACCAGUCACUAUCAGGCAGUCCAUCCUUGGGCCAUUAAAGGGGAUGAAUCUGUGCUUUUGGAUAUCAUCAAAGGAAAUGGCUCAGCUGAAAAGAUCCACCAGCAGGUUGCCAAUGAACAUGCAUCUUUCAAUUGCCAGUCGAUUGAAGAUGAUGGCGCUCUGGUCAUUGCCACCCCACCUCAAGAAAGCAACACCCAUCCUACCCACCCCCGUCUUUCCAUCUCUAAUAAUCCUUAUCAGUGUACUGUAUGUCUGUCAGAGUACAACAGUCUCCAUGGCCUCCUCACUCACUAUGGAAAGAAACACCCAGGCAUGAAAGUAAAAGCUGCAGAUUUUGCACAGGAAGCAGACAUUAACCCUAGUUCUGUGUAUAAAUGUCGUCACUGUCCAUAUGUAAACUCACGUAUCCAUGGCGUACUCACUCACUAUCAGAAAAGACACCCAUUAGUGAAAGUCACUGCAGAGGACUUUGCUAAUGAUAUUGAGGAAAUCAGUGACAUAAAUGAUGGUGAUGACAAGUGCAAAACUCAAAGGCAGGGCUUCGGUGCAUACAGAUGCAAAAUGUGCCCAUACACACAUGGGACACUGGAGAAACUCAAAAUCCAUUAUGAAAAAUAUCACAAUCAGUCGGCCUCUGAUAUUUUCACGCCUGCUCUGACAAAUUUCUCCUCCAGUAAGGACACAGAGCCAGUAGCCGAAUGCAGUGCCAGUAAUAUAUCAGGCGCAGCAAAAGUCCAAGAGGUCAGUGAAUUGGACUUUGCUCUCUCUCAGUUACCCAUCAAUAAGACAGAGAAACAUGCUGUAUUCAAGUGUCAGCUCUGUAAAUACUUCUGCUCCACCAGGAAAGGCAUUGCUCGCCACUACCGUAUCAAGCACAACAAUGUCCGUGCUCAGCCUGAGGGCAAAAACAAUGUCUUCAAAUGUGCACUGUGCGCGUACACAAACCCUAUACGCAAAGGCCUGGCAGCACACUAUCAGAAGCGGCAUGAUAUUGAUGCCUAUUAUACCCAUUGUCUGGCUGCUUCCAAGACUAUGACCGAGAAACCCAACAAAGUGAUGGCACCCCCGCCAUCUGAAGGAGACAAUUCAGAAAUGAGUGAAGACUUGCGUUUGGCCGUGGAGAGACGAAGGUGUUCUCUUUGCGCCUUCCAGGCCUUCAGCAGGAAGAGCAUUGUCUCACACUACAUUAAACGCCACCCAGGUGUCUUCCCCAAGAAGCAGCAUGCUAGCAAGCUUGGUCGCUACUUUACAGUUAUCUAUGCCAAAGAACCAGAGAAAGUUGCUGUCAGUGCAAUGGCAGAGGAUGACAAGGAAGUGCUGGAGAUGCCGCUUGAACCCGAGCAGGACAGAGAGGCUGAAUGGCUGCCAUUCAAGUGUCUAAAAUGCUUCCGGUUGUCCUUUAGCACAGGCGAGCUGCUAUCUAUGCACUACAACGACCAUCACAGCAAUGACUUGAAGAGGGACUUUGUCGUGUCUCCCGGUCCCGAGGAUGAGGACUCUGAGUUGUACCAGUGUUCUCAUUGUGAACUCAAGUUCCUGGCUCUUCCAGUCCUGGCCAAACAUCUAUUCAACCACAAUGAGGAGUUUCAGAAGAGGGCUAUGAGGCAGGAGAGGAGGAGGCAGCUUCUCAGCAAACAGAAAGCUGCAGAACUACCUGAGACCAAACCUGAAAAGGAAAGCCCUGUAAAUAAAACUCCCAUAGGAUUCAGAUGCAACUUCUGUGUAGAGGUGCACCCCACCCUCCGAGCCAUCUGCAACCACCUUAGGAAGCAUGUCCAGUAUGGAGAGGUCAAAGAGGGACAUGUCAAGCAGGAAAUCAGUGAGGUCCCACUGACCCUGCCUUCAGAGAGCCUAACGAACGGCGACCUGGAGAGAGAUGAAGCAGCUGAAGCCGAUGAGCUCGAGAGUCCAGCAGCUACCACGAUGGGCCCACCUUUGGUUUCCCCAGGCUCUGGUGAUGUUGCUGUUGCCGUGGAGACACUGGAACCGGUAAUGGAUGCCAUUGAGGGAAGGGCAGCAGCCCUUGUGGCUGCAGCAAGGGCUGUGGCAUCAGGGGGCCCAAUGAAGCAGCGACUAGCGGCAGGGGGCCACCCAUGCGCCCAGUGUGACCGAGUCUUCAUGUCCAUGCAGGGACUGAGAUCCCAUGAGAGGAGCCAUUCAGCCAUGGCGCUCUUUAAUAGAGAGGACAAAUACAGCUGCCAGUACUGCCAGUUCGUGUCACCCUUCAGACACAAUCUGGACAGACAUGUGCAGUCUCACCACGGGCACCACAAGCCCUUCAAGUGCAAGCUCUGCCCCUUUAAAUCUGCCUACGUGAGUCGCUUGAAGAGCCACCUGCAUAAGGCACACACAGGUGAGCAGCACAUGUACAAGUGCUUGUCCUGCCCCUUCUCCUCUAUGACCAUCAGCCAGCUGAAGGAGCACUCUCUGAGAGACCAUGGUGAGAGCCUGACCCUCCCCAAACUCCGGGCUGCUACCCAGGCAGCUCAUGGCACCCUCAGGCCCUCCCGGCUGGCCGGUAACACAGAGCAGACUCCCAUGACCCCGGAUGACCCAUCAUACCUGGAGCCAGCGGAUGUUCGUCAGCAGCUUAGUCAUUACCAGCUGGCCUCCCGCAGUCAAAUGUCUUCCGGCUCAACACCUGGUGGCUCCACAGUGGCUGACAAUCGACCAGACGGCAUCCUCACUUGUGAGUUCUGUGAGUUUAGCUCUGGAUACAUGCAGAGCCUACGCCGGCACUACAGAGACCGCCAUGGUGGCAAGAAGCUCUUCAAGUGUAAAGACUGCUCCUUUUUCACCUGCUACAAGAAUACCUUCACCAUGCAUGUGGAGGCCGGUCACAACAACAACAUACCUGAGGACCUCCCAAAAGACCUGCGCUGCCCUCUCUGCCUCUACCACACCAAACACAAGAGCAAUAUGAUUGACCACAUUGUCCUGCACAGAGAGGAGCGUGUGGCUCCACUGGAGGUGAGCCGCUCUAAGCUGUCACGCCACCUUCAGGGCCUGGUGUUCCGUUGCCACAAAUGCACCUUCACAUGCUCCAGUGACCAGGCCCUGCAGCUGCACCUGCAGAAGCACGCUGAAAUCAAGCCUUACCAAUGCCAGCUCUGCUAUUAUGACAGCAGUCGACGGAGCCAGCUAGAGGAGCAUCUUCGCCUUGAGCACAAGGUUAUCCGUAACUUUGAGCUGAUGGGCCGGGUCAAUCUGGACCAUCUGGACAUGAUAAAGGGACAAGGGAGCAGCACAGAUGAUGAAGAGGAGAAAGAAAUGAUGGAUAUGGUGGUAGAUGGAAAAGUCACUGCGGAGGAGGACGAGGAUGAAGGGAUGGCAAUUAUGGAGAACAUGAUGGAGGAACAGAGAGAGAUGGACGAUGAAGAGAUGGAGAACAACAUCAAAGAGGAAGAGGAGUAUGAGGAAGAAGAGGAGGAAGUAAAUGAGGUGGAAGAAGAGAAGUCCACCAUACAAGGGGUCCUUGCAUCUCCUACCAGCAGCAGCAGUAGCUCUGGACCGGGCGUUGUAGAGAAGCGUCUUCCCUGUGAGUUCUGUGGCCGCUGCUUCACCAACAGCUUUGAGUGGGAACGCCAUGUUCUUCGACAUGGCAUGAUGGUUAACAACAGUCGAAUGGACACCAGCACCACCUCAGCAACAGAGGCCUCAGCUCCAUCUUCCACUGGCACCUCUGCCUUGAUGGACAUGGGAUUGGACCUGUCCAGCAACUCAAAAGAGGAAGAGAACCCUGUAGAUCCAUCACAGAGAAGUCAAAACCAGUAUAUGGAAGACAAAGAAAUGCUUGACACCAAAAAGGAUCAACUGUUUGGUUAAACAGAUUGUGGCCUCUCGGGAUAUUGUGCUAGAAUAUGAUGAAACUGGGUAGGAUCAGCACUGAGUUGGAUGAUUAAAAUAGGACGUUAAAGGAAACAAAAAUAUUGAAACUGAAAAAGUGACUUCUUAUGAGUUGGCGCAUUAUUAGAUUUUAGGUGUUACAUAUAUAAGUAUUAGGUUGUGCUGCAUAAAACGGCUGAGCUCUUUAAAUGGGCAGUCCCCUAGGACAGAUCUUAAUAUAUUGGUAACCAAUAGUGAACAGAACUCUUUAUUGCUGACAUUCUGGUCAAAUCUACAGUGAAAGAUCCCACCUAGAUAAAACUAAGCUAUUUAUAAAGAAUGUUGUCCUAAACUAAAACUAAAUCUGAAGCACCUUUUACACUCCCCCUUUUACUCCAAAACAGGGGUACUGUAAACAUACCUAAAAGAAACGAAUAAGAUAUGAAAGCAUUUACAAUUAUGGCCCCCUGUAGAGCUACCUUUACUUGUUUUGUUUUUUUUAAUUUGAGACUUUUUCCAUUUUAGCCUUGUGGUAAAUGUUUAGAAGUAUUCCUUGAGGAAGAGUCGCACCUUAAGUAGUUUUAGUAAAAUAAUUUCUUCAUUCAUAGAAAUACUGACAAUUCACCCCAAUGUUUGUAGCAAAUUGCUAUAUUUUAGGUCCCUUAAUAUUAUACUGCGUAUAAGCCUUCAGCCUGUGGCACCCUUAGCAUUUUGACUGUACUAUUUUAUUGUUCAGUAAUUUCACUGAUGGAAUCAUAACAGAAUUAGUUGAAAUCUACCAUCCCCAUGUAAUACAUUUUGUUGUUUGUAGUCCAGGUUCUCAAUACACAAUUAACCUGUGCACUCAGCGGAUUUAUAUAACAACAGCGGUAUGUUUAAUGUGUCAUGACUGCAACCAUAUGAUAAAGGUAUCCGUUAAGCUGAGAAUAUUAAGGAUGAGCCUGGAACGCGACUACAGGUUUAAUCAAUAGUGGCAUCAUGACCAAAAGAGAGAGGUCACACUUGUCUUUUCAGUGCAAAAACUGUGAAUGGAUAUGCAUCCACACAUGACAGUGAAAGCCCCUGAAAACUGAUUCAAGACUUAGUUCUCUACAAAAUGAAAUAUUCAUGACUAAAUUAACAAUCAAAGUUUAAAAAAAAUACUUUUAUUAAAGUUUUAAAUGCUCAUAAACUUGCAACAAGCCCCAUAACUGUCAAACAUUUUGAUUAAAAUACUGCUAAAUCCUGAUUGGUGCGCAGUAGUAUGUGACAUUGCCUUUUUCCAAAUGAGUCCCACCUGGUUCAAAUCAAUCAGAGAAGCCCCAAACACCACAGACAGGAAUCAGGAUAAAAAUGAUUGGGUCUGGCUCACUGGAUUACAUUAUGUACAGAAUCGGGCUGUACUGUGUACUGAAGUGUUGAUAACCAAGGCUGAAUGUUGAAGCCAGUGCCAAAGUGCCUUAAAUUGCAGUUCCUCUAAUGGUCACUAUAUGGCUUUUAGAGAACUCCAGCUGUUUUGAAGUUACUAGGAAAACACUCAACUUCUCUCAAAAUAGAAAGUCAAGUUUGACAAAAUUAUCUAUCUACAUGGCUGGACAUGUAGAUAGUUUUAUUUUAUGUACCCAGAUCCUGUAUCCAUCUAUGAUUUCCUUUAUAUAAAGGUAGUGAAUGGCAGAUUUGGUUAUGAUUACAGCAUUGAAAUAAUUACAUUUUAUGAAUAGAACAUCAACAUCUCAGUCAAGAAGCAAGGUCUCAUUACUGUGGAUGAUCAGGUUUCAUUGGGGCUGCUUCUCACUGAAGAAAUAGUCUAUGAGUGCUCUGAGCACCAUAAAUGCAAUUCCAUGCUAAAGGUGGUGUGUCUGAAGCUAUAUUUGCUUGAUUGACAGGUGUCUCGGCCUUUCACAGUCAGCCCUGGUGAUUUCCAUAAGUCCAUACAGGUUACCCACAUUGUCUAAAUUUGGAUGACAGGCUGACAUCAAGCAUUUAACUCGUAUCUAGCCUCAGAAACAUAUAGCUGAUGCCAAAGGCUCACAGUCUGUGGUUCAGUUUUAACAUGAUUGGAUACACUGAAAAGACAAGUGUAACCAGGGCAGAAAGCCUUGAAACUAUUUUUUCCCACAUAUAUAAAGUAUAUAUGUGCCACUGGAACUGUAAUGUGAAGAUUGGAAUUUGAAAGGUGUCAAAUCCCCCAACUUAAACCCCUCUAAAUUCUCAUCCUGUAUCGACACAACUGUCAUAGCCUGCAUUUGUGUUCUUCUUUUUAGAAAAAGUUGUCAUUGUUGAUGUUGAAAAAAGGCAGAGAUUGUAUUUAUUGCAAGUUGCUGCUUGAAUGCCCAUAAGCCUUAUAAGAAAUGAAUAGCAAUUAAGUCAAAUUUAUGUCGAAAUUCCAAUAUGACCAACAAGUAAUGUUAAACAGUUUGAAAUGAAACGGCUGAAAACUACAAUAUGAAAUAUGUGGAGAAACACAAUAAAUUGUUAUUGUGUUCUUGGUACCAAAAUAUUUACUACGCCUGCUGUGUUUGCUGCUGCUGUGAUUGUCUUUCCUGAGCGUUGAACCAUAGAUGGAAAAUGAGAAAUCUGGUGUUGGACAAUAGAAUUUUAGAAUUGGAGUUCUCUGGGUGGAUCCCAGGUAAACUACAUGUUUGCAGCCAUGUAUAGAAAACAAAAACUACUUGUUAAGUGUUUGAACUGUGGUGUUUCAGAAAGGAUACUUUAACCCUUUUUUUCCUUUAGGUGUUCUCAUAAAAAAAAAUAGAAAAAAAUAGAAAAAAAGAAAUCUAAAGAUGAUAGAUAACCCUUAGGGGCUUUUUGAGUCCCCAAUCCAACAUUAUUACGCUGUUGUACAAUGUCUGGCUACAAUGAAAAAUAUCUCCUUUUUGUACUGUAAUGGGAACGAACAGAUAGGAAGAGCAGUGUGGUUGUACCAUAUUUAAACAAGUAAAAGCCAAUGAUGCAGUUCCCUACUAAUUAAUGGCCAGGGCAUUGAUGGUGAAGAGCAAAAACAUUGCAAGAAAGGCACAUGAAAAAAAUAGUAGCUUUGGUUGCAUUUACCUUAACUGCUUGGUCCUUUUCUGGGCUCUGUCACCAACUGGGUUUCCAGUCAACCUGUAGAUCCCUCUGAGAUCUAGCUCACUCAAGUCCAGUCUAACAUCUGACACUCCAGUAUCUUCUAUCCAUGACCAGUAAGGGCAGCGGCUCUCUUGCUCAAAGUAGGCCUGCCGAUUGUCUACCCAGUCAACACUAGGUGGGAAUGUAGCAGCCCUGCCAUGCUGUUCGAUCCUCAUUGUACCUUAAAAAACAGGUUGAGUUGGUGCUGAAUCUCAAAGCCCCCCUUUUUCUGUUUUACAGAACCAGCUUGUAGCUUUUUGAAAGUAAAACUGUUGUUGUAGAAAUAAGCUUUGUAAGGCAGCUUGUCGCCCAGCUUGAAAGCCCAGUGUAAAAACCGGAUGAUAGAUUGGGACAAUCUGGGUAAUGAAGCUGUCAACCCAAAAUUGUUUGUUGUUCUGUGAUCAUUUUAAUAGAAACUGACUAUGAAUCCCUCACUGUGUGCAGUCUCUAGACUGUCAUAUUCCCAAUUUACCCAAAGUUAAGUCCCUGCUGACAACACACUGGAUACUUGUAUAUAUGUUUAGUUUGUUUCCAAUGCAUUUCUCUUUUCAGACUGUUGUCUCCAUAGUUUGACACUAGAAUCUCUCCUUCUUGCCUUUCUUCCCAUAUAAAUCUGAUUACCUGAUGGUGGGUUGUGAUGUUGCCUAGGAUGAUUGUUUACAAUUUUAUUCCAUUUAUCUCUGGAUAUUCUGUAAAUAUUGUAAUUCAUUGUCUUUUUUUAACUUGAUAAUAAAGUUAUC